CGCAAUUCAAUGUUUUGAUUUUUAACUGAAGCAACAUGUCUGCCUCCUUGGUGCGAGCGACCGUCCGAGCGGUCAGCAAAAGAAAGAUUCUGCCCACAAGAGCCGCACUGACACUGACUCCAGCAGCUGUGAACAAGAUCAGGUUUUUGUUGCAGGACAAGCCGGAAUAUAUCGGUUUGAAGGUUGGAGUGAGAACACGCGGUUGCAAUGGCAUGACUUACACACUGGACUACGCCACGGAAAAAGGCAAAUCUGAUGAGGAAGUGAUGCAGGAUGGUGUAAGAGUGUUCAUAGAGAAGAAGGCUCAGCUGACCCUUCUGGGAACUGAGAUGGACUUUGUGGAGUCGAAGCUGUCCAGUGAAUUUGUCUUCAACAACCCUAAUAUUAAGGGCACAUGUGGUUGUGGAGAAAGCUUCAACAUCUGAGCAUCAUGGAGCCAUUGCCUCCCCCACCCCUCCUCUCACUCCAAACCCUGUCCCUCCCAUAAAGACUGAGAGACUGGAUGUUGACGAGGAUGUCAGGCAUCAGGAAAUCUCUGAGAUGUGGACGUGCCUGCGUUACUACCACUGCUCCUCCUGCGGACCACUUGCAUACACACACGUAAAACCCACGUAUGCAUAUUCAUACUAACAGGAAGGUUUUAAUACAAUCGGUGUAGUCACAACUAUCUCAACAUGUUGAUUUUAGGUUCACAUACCUCAAUUUAGACAACUGCUUUUUUUACUCUGCUCUGCAUCUAAAAAUAAGAAGGACCUUAAAGGCAAGAUGUUUUUUAAUUUUUUGACUAGCUGCCAUUUUACACUUUUACGUUCAUUAUAUUUAGAGAUCCAGUCUAAUUUCACCAUGACUUGUAUGCAGCAGGAAAUAGUACAGCAUGGCCCAAGGACAUGCACAGUGAAGGUGGGAGUUGCCCAUGUGUAUUAGUUAUCUGUUUUUUAAAUUUAAAUCUGUCCACCAAAAUCUACAGGCCAACAUCACCUGUUUGACUAACACACUGUAAGACAGUGUCCCAUCACCCAGUGUCAUGUACCCCGCAGUAUGCAGAAGUGGACGAGUGUGAGUGUCUUGAAACUGCUUUAUUAGUUUGUAAAGUGUAUAUUUAUCUCUGUGUGUAAAUAUAAAGAAUGUAUAUCUCCCUUGAACCACACAAACGCACAAAAAAAAAAUUCAUAACGCACAAAACAAGUAUUCCUCACACAAGAAUACAUGAGGUCUGUGUUUCUUUUUGCUUUGAUCAAAGCCAGGACUUUGUGUUUGUACUGUGCAAUAUGUCCGUGUACAUACGAAAUAAUAAAUAGAUAAAUCC